AUGGGCAAGAAAGGAACGGCAGUUCAUUGUCCACUUGGUGGAGCCAAAAAAAAAAGACGAACCAAGGAAGACGCUGAAGGCUCUGCAAUAAUUGCUGACCAAGUUGACACGAGUGAAGCUCAAUAUGUCAAUAAGCGUCUGAUAGAAAUUGAAAACGCACUCAACGCGGUUCAGGAACCUUUGCAAGUGGAUGCUCAACCAAACCAACACCACAACGACCUUCAAGACAACAACAACAUCGUAUACGGGGAUGCCUAUGACGACAUAAAUAAUUUCCUUCCUGCUCAAGAAGAUGCGGCGGUCCCACCGGAUCCCAAUGUUCCAUUUGCCACCUAUGUGCAAGGAUCAUUCUACAGAAGCAAAAAAAAGACUGAAAAUGAAAACUGGAAGAAGGCUCUGCCGGAUAUGUUCAUUACCUACAUGACCUACUCGCAGGAAACUUCCCAAUGGGGUGAUCCAACCAAAUGGAAUUAUGAUCACAACAAACCAUGUUGCUGUGGUGUGGGGGACCUGAGAAUGUGUAAGGUUGAUAUGUUAGAUAUUUUGGGUGAGCGGUAA